CCCUUUUUUUUUCUGUCAAAAUCAAACCGCCUUUCCUCUUUAAUAUAAUUUCUCCUCUCUUCUCCUUUAAAUUCCCCACCACAUACCCACUUUCCACCACCACCAAUCCGCCCACCGGAAUUCCCCUACUCCCUCUCCUCCGCCGUCAUUUUCCGGCUAAAGCCCUACGCCAUGAGCGGUCAGAAACGUAACUUCACGACCACCACCGCCGUCGUGAGCCCCGUUGGAAGCCCUACCUCCGGCAACAUCUCCGACAGCUCAACAAAAGAACAAGACAGGUUUCUUCCGAUCGCAAACGUGAGCCGAAUCAUGAAGAAAUCUCUUCCGGCUAACGCGAAAAUCUCGAAAGAUGCUAAAGAAACAGUCCAAGAAUGUGUGUCGGAGUUCAUCAGCUUCAUCACCGGGGAAGCCUCCGACAAGUGUCAAAGGGAAAAACGGAAGACGAUCAACGGAGACGAUUUGCUGUGGGCUAUGACUACUUUAGGGUUCGAGAAUUACGUCGGCCCUUUGAAGAUUUAUCUCAACAAAUACAGAGAAACAGAGGAAGAAAAACAUUCUUUAGCUAGACAAGAGGAUCCUUCUUUGUCUCCGGCAAAAUCAUCCGCUGAACACAUUAUUGGAGGGAAAUCGGCGAACUCGGUGAUGGAUUUUCAGAAUUUCAAUUCUGGGUUUUAUUCAUUGGGGAAUCAAAUUCAAAGUCAGGGAAGUCAGAAGAGUUUCAACAUAAUCGAUGGCGUUGGAUUUGGGGAAAAUUUGAGGGGUUUCAAUAUAAAUGGAGUUCAUGAAAAUGGAGAAGGGAAUCGAGCUCGAGCCAUGGCGGCUCAUCUUCAACAGAGCUCCGGUUGGUGAUUACAAAUUUUAAUAUAGAAACUUAGAAUUAAGUUUAUAAAACUUCAUAGAUAGUAGUAAAAAAAAAAUUCAUAAAUAAAGUAUUAAAUCCUAAAUUUCAAAUUA